AUGUCUUUAUCUAUUUCCAGCCCAAAGACUUUUGAGGAAUGGAUCAAAGUCACUCAAGAACUCACCAAGGUGAUGAUUGAUGAGAAGGCCAUCCCAGACCCAGGUCGUUUCCCCUACACUGUUGACAAUCAGAUUGAUCAUACCGAGUUUAUGAAGGCAAUCGUUGUUGGAUUCGUUGCCAAGAUACCAGAGGUUGGUGAGAUUGCCAGUAUUUUCAUCGAUGCCAUAUGGUCUGAUGCCAUUGCCCAAGAUGGUGCCCCAUCCAAGCUCUACGAUGGUUUCCGUAUCAUCACGAGAAACAUGAUCAAUGAAGCUGGCGAGAACCAGGACCUGGAGAACUGUACCGGUGAGAUCAGGAAGGUGACCACCGCAAUGAUCGCCUUCUUCCCAGUGUACUACGCAUGGCAAGCCAAGCCACACAAGAAGGCUCGCCGACAAGCAUGCAAGGAACAAUUUCUAAUCCUUGAGAGCAUUGCAGACGGUCUCGUUGCCCUCGAUGAAUCUGCUUUGCGUAAGGACUCUUAUGGAGUUGUAGAACUUGGCAUGUUUGUUGUUGCGGCCACCACCGAGCUCCUUCUACUCAAGGAAGUGAUGGACAAUGGUGUCACUUGGGGUUUCACAGCUGCCCAGAUGGACUCCUACAAGAAAAAGUUAACCGACUACCCACGCCAGUUCACUGACUACACAAUCAAGACCUUCAACAAAGGAAUCGAUUUGAUCAAGUCUCGUACCGCCGAGGACAAGCUUCCAGGCUUUGUGGCAUUCAACAAAAUACUCAAGUUUAGAACUUUCUGCGCUCGCUUCGUAUUUGACUUUGUUGACCUCUGGUCCAUGAUGGAGAACAAUGACCUGUACCCUGACGGCACAUCCUAUCACAACCCUCGCUACUGUUACCUCGAAAUGGUUGGAGUCCCAGUCAUUCCCGAUCGCCCUCAAACAUCCUUUGGUGAUCGAGAUUAUUAUGAGACGAUGCCAUGUGAGGACCUGGAGAAGUGGUUCAACGAUGCAAUGAGGGACCACUACCAGAAGGAGAUCGACCGCAUCAGACUCACUUUUGACCUUCGUCACAGUGGCUUCAUCAAGUCAAUGCAGACGACCUAUAAGGACCCAGGUUACGCGGGCUCUAAGAGAGUCGAGGAUGUUGUUGGUGGCCAACCAAUUGAGGAUAACCACAACUCCUACAUCUUCCUCUCACAUGCCCUAACCGAGAAGUUCACUUAUAGUUUUGCCUUGGUUCCACGCCAACUUUACUUCAACUACCAGACUGUGAUCAGUGACACAUUCCCGACAGCAGACCUGGCCCUAGGUGCUCCAUAUCGUGGUACUGGAGAGUAUACAGAUCAGUAUAGUGACUACUAUUCGAAGAUCCAAGAUAACAAUGACCCAAAGUUGAUAAGUUAUAAUGUGGAUGCCACAAUUCCCAACCACAAGAUUGGUGUGAUUGCAGGACACUGCACCAACUGGGAGUAUGUAACAGACUACUACAGAGAUUCUUGGAACAGCCCUUCAAUCCAUAAGGAUGGUGUCCUGGAUGCUGUGUUGAUUGGAAUGGUUCCCUCAUACACCUUCAAUGAGAACUACAUUAUGCCCAAGGUGUGUACUCUGAUCCCCGUUGCCAAGGUGUCUUACAGAACUGGAGCUUUUUUUGCUCGUGACCACUUGAUGCCCACAGUGCACUCGAUGCGCAUCCCCAACGGCUGCUCCAUCAGUUUCAGGUUCCUCCCAUUUGAUGAUGCCAGCAGAACCUUCUUCCUUGGUGCUCGCUACUUCACCACUGGCACCAACGUCAAGCUCCAAGUUAUCAAUGAAGCCAAGAAGGGUGGUGAGGUCCAUGGUGACUUUGAUCUCGUUCAAUGCACCACCAACAAAGAGCAGACUGUUCCAUACUACAACGUAAUCAAGGACCCGACCAUUUUGAUCACUUUGAAGCCAAAGGCCACCCCUUUUGCCAACGUGAAUGUUUAUUCAUUCAAGGCAGUCGGAGGUGAGGUCUAUGUCAACGCCAUUUCCUUCUGGCCCGGUAUCAAGCUACCCCCGCCUCCUCCUGGAAAGCCACCUGGCAAGAAAACUCCAGCAACCGUGCCAGUUCCAGCAGCCUAA